UUCCCCUCGCCUUCUCCAGCCUAUUUCUCUUCUCAUCUGUGGAGGAAAGUGAACACGAACAAAAAACCAGAGAAACAGGAAGCGGAAAAAGGAGAGAGAGAAAAAAAAAAAAAAAAACUAGAGAGAAAAAUGGCUUUGAAGCUCAACCCCUUCUUCUCUCAAUCUCAGAAAUUGCCUUCUUUUGCUCUUCCACCAAUGGCCAGCUUCAGAUCUCCCAAGUUCUAUAUGGCGUCUACUCUUAGCUCCGGCUCGAAGGAGAUUGAGAAUCUCAAGAAACCUUUUAUGCCUCCUCGCGAGGUUCAUGUCCAAGUCACUCAUUCCAUGCCACCACAAAAGAUUGAGAUAUUCAAAUCCAUGGAGGAUUGGGCCGAGGAAAACAUUCUUGGUCUCCUGAAGCCAGUUGAGAAAUGUUGGCAACCUCAGGAUUUUCUGCCAGAUCCUGCUUCUGAUGGAUUUGAAGACCAAGUCAGGGAGAUAAGACAAAGAGCAAAGGAGAUUCCAGAUGAUUAUUUUGUUGUUUUGGUGGGAGAUAUGAUCACAGAAGAGGCACUUCCAACUUAUCAAACAAUGCUUAAUACCUUAGAUGGAGUCCGGGAUGAAACUGGUGCAAGCCCUACUUCUUGGGCAAUCUGGACAAAGGCAUGGACUGCUGAAGAGAAUAGGCACGGGGACCACGGGGACAUCAAAUUAGCUCAUUGUGGUACAAUUGCCUCGGAUGAGAAGCGCCACGAGACUGCCUACACCAAGAUAGUAGAAAAGCUCCUUGAGAUUGCUGAUGGGACAGUCAUAGCUUUUGCUGACAUGAUGAGGAAGAAGAUCUCUAUGCCAGCGCACUUAAUGUAUGACGGGAAUGAUUAUAAUCUUUUUGAGCACUACUCAGCUGUUGCUCAGCGACUAGGGGUCUACACUGCAAAAGACUAUGCAGAUAUACUGGAAUUCUUGGUGGGUAGGUGGAAGGUUGAGAAUCUGACUGGACUUUCAGGAGAUGGGCGGAAAGCACAGGAGUACGUUUGCGGACUACCUCCUAGAAUCAGGAAGCUGGAGGAAAGAGCUCAAGGAAGAGCUAAACAGGCACCGAAAGUCCCUUUCAGCUGGAUAUACGACAGAGAAGUGCUGCUUUAAGUGCAACAAGAGGGUGGUCCUCCGGUUUCACUCUCUCAGGUCUCCUCUUCCCGUGAGCAAUGAAGAAUAUAAAAAACACAGGUUGAAAAACGUUGCCGGGUUCCGGUUAGUUGUUGGGUUAAUGGUACGAGGAUAACAACUAGUAUUAUAGUUGUUGGGAUGGGAUGUAGAUACAGUUGUUUCUCUUUGCGUGAAUGUCGUUAGAUUAUGAAGUGGUUAGGAGCAGCUGUAGUUUUGUUGUUUGUGUUUUGUUGUUUUCUUUUUUCUAAAAGAAUUAUGGUGUCUUGUAUGAGCUUUGUUUCUUUUGUUCUUUGAAGUGUAAGCAAAAACAAUAUUUGGUGGCAAUUUUGGUAAUAUGGAAGGAGCAAGCUAGCUAUAGCUCAUAUGAAGAAGAAACAUGUCCGUCAAACUUGUAGGUUUCAAAA